GAAAAAAAAAAUACAAAGAAAUGAGCAUCCCAACAUUAAAGAACUGGAGCGAAUAGGGAAUAUUAAAAUUUUAAGUAGAAGUAAUUGAAAGAUUGUUAUUUUGGUGAUGCAGGCAGCUGCGCUGUGUAGAGAUAGGAUGUACUUGAUACUACAAGAAGAGCUAAUGCUGGUGCGAACAACCGUAGACAUGAGUAGCGGCAGCAGCAGCGGCAGCGGCAUCUCUCGCCGGGGAAGACGAGAACGAUUGGAAAGGCAGAGGGUUACGGAGGCAUGGAAAAGAGUGCUGCGGCGAUGUUUCCAUAGGAUAGACGAGAUGGCUUUAUUCACUUGCUGCGAGUGUGGUACAGGUACCCCAUGCGGCUGCCCACCCAACACCUUGGGAAUGGCGGGCUCCACCGCUGUGAUGGCAGUCGUGACGGAGGAAACUAUAAUAGUAGCCAACUGUGGUGACUCACGCGCCGUCCUUAGCCGUGGUGGAAGGGCCAUCCCUCUUUCUUUUGAUCAUAAGCCAGACAGACAAGACGAGCGUGCUAGAAUAGAGUCAUGUGGAGGCCGAGUUCUUUUUGCAGAUUGUCCACGAGUUCAAGGAAUUCUCGCCAUGUCUAGGGCAAUAGGAGACAAGUAUCUAAAGCCAUAUGUGACAUCCGAGCCUGAGAUUACCUUCACAAAAAGGGAAGCAGAGGAUGAGUGCCUGAUUCUUGCCAGUGAUGGAUUGUGGGACGUCAUAUCAACUGAAAUGGCGUGUGAGGUGGCUAGAGAGUGUCUUCGAGAAGAAAAUCCAACUGGGAACCAUAGUUUCAGGCCUUGGGUCGAAGGUGAUGGUGAAGGAGCAAUAAUUUCUUCCCAAAGUGCAUCAGCAGCAGCGCUGCUUACUCGGCUUGCUCUGGGCCGUAAUAGUUAUGAUAACAUCAGUGUAAUUGUGGUUGAUUUGAAGAGAAAUUAUGCUGGACGAUAGUUUCAGCACAAGGUAACUUCUUGAAUUGAACUUAUUGGAUAGUAUAUCCAUCCAACCAAGGGGAACAUUUAGAGAUGGUUUAUUAACCUUUUUCUUAAGACAGUG